AUGUUCUCCGGAUCCAGUUCGUUUUUAGGGGGCGCGAACAGCUUGAGAGGAAAUCCCGCGCAACAGCAACAACAACAGCAGCAGCAGUAUGGCCAGCCCAUGGGCGGAUUCGGCGGCCUGCAACCUCAGCCCACGGGCUUUGGAGCUGGCCCUAUGCAGCCCCAGCCUACGGGCUUCCAGCAGCCGCAACCCACCGGCUUCCAACCGCAACCUACCGGUUUCCAGCCACAACCCACAGGCUUCCAGCCGCAGCCCACAGGCUUCCAACCGCAACAGACCGGAUUCCAACCGCAGCCCACGGGCCUCCAACCGCAACCUACUGGCUUCCAGCAGCAGCAGCAGCCACAGCUGCAGCCACAAUUCACUGGCUACCCUGGGCAAAGCUCGCAGCAGUUCCAGCAACCGCAGCAGCAACAGCCUUUCCAGACGGGCCAGUCGAGCUUCCAACAGCAGCCGGCGCAGCCCCAGAUGCCUCAGCCUACGGGCAUGACCUCGUCGCAGAUGGCCGACUCCUUCAGAUCAACCGCCGCGCCACCCCCAGCCCCAAAGUCCGCGGGAGGAGCAAACAUACCGAAAAUUAGGCUGAGCUUCAUAACUGCGCAGGAUCAGGCCAAGUUCGAGCAGCUCUUCAAGUCUGCUGUGGGAAGCGACCAAGCGCUUUCGGGCGAGAAGGCAAAGGACCUCCUGAUGAGGUCCAAGUUAUCUGGCGAUGCCCUUGCUCAGAUUUGGACGUUGUCGGAUACUACUAAGUCUGGGCAGCUCCUCUUCCCCGAAUUCGCCCUUUCCAUGUACCUUUGCAACCUGAAGAUUGUCGGCAAAGAUCUCCCCAACCAGCUUCCCGAAACGAUACGGAAUGAGGUCUCAAGCAUGGUGGAUAUCAUCUCAUUUGGCAUUCCUGAUGCAGGUGGGCCCCCGCGGACAAAUGCUCCCAACUUCGACGAGCCUUUGAACCAGAGCUCGCAAAACAUGCCUAUGAUCCAGCAGCCGCAGCCGCAGCCUUCAAACUCCCAAUUGCUGUCUUCGCUGGCACCACAGCCCACUGGUAUGGCUCCGCAAAUGACCGGAUUCGGUGGUCAAUCGGGUUUCCAACCUCAGCAGACGGGCCUGCAGCCGCAGCCCACAGGAUUUGGCAUGCAACCCCAGGCAACCGGACUUAGGCCAAUGCAGACUGGUUUGCAACCGCAACCCACUGGAUUCGGGAUGGCUGCGCCCUUGAAUGCGCAGCCCACUGGUAUGCCCGGCCAAUGGGGAUUGGUUAACACUCCCGCGACUGGACUUCCCAACAUCCAGAGCCUGCAGCAGCAGAUGAUGCCUCAACCCGGUAGAGAGGCUGGUUUCAGUGCCGCUGGUCUUCGCGGUAACGCCACGGUGCCAUGGGCCGUCACUAAGGAUGAAAAGAAGAUCUAUGACGACCUCUUCAAGGCUUGGGACGGCUUCGGUAAGGGCUUCGUCACUGGAGAGCAAGCCAUUGAGAUUUUCGGACAGAGUGGCCUUGAGAAGACCGAUCUUGAGAAAAUCUGGACCCUUUCGGACCCUCACAACAGAGGCCGUCUCAACCUGGAUGAAUUUGCCGUUGCUAUGCAUUUGAUCUACCGGAGAUUGAACGGUUACCCUGUGCCAAACAAGCUGCCCCCCGAGCUUGUUCCACCUUCGACCAGGAACUUCAGUGACUCCAUUAGUACGAUGAAGAACAUGAUUCACCGCGAUGCCGAGGAAAGGAAGAGUUCCGGAAGUUUCCUGCAGCCGCAGAACACUGGAGUCAGUUAUCUCAAGACCCACUCUUUCCGUGGUGGAAGCCCCGUCAGUUCCGGCCGCAAGGAUGCUACUGUCUACAAAAAUAACGAUGACGAUGUCGGCUACAGGUCUAGCGCGCGCCGCAGGAUUGGUGGUGGCAGCACUCGCUCCCCGUCUCCUGCGCAGUCAACCGAUUCGCAAAGGCCUAAUGAUGAGAUGUCAAUUGACCAGCUCAAGAAGCUAAUCAAGGAGAAGCAAGUUCUUCUGGAUGCCAUGGAUUUCCGCGACGAAAACCAAGCCGAGCAGGAUGAUGUUCUGGACCGCAAGGACCGCAAGGAUGCUGAGGACCUUUACCGCCGGAUUAGACGCCUUCAAGAGGACAUUGACCACCACCCCAGCGCUGGCAACAUCUCCAUGGGUGGCUCCGAUGCUGAGCGUAGGACGCUCCAGCGCGAGCUGCAACGCUUGACGGACCGUCUGCCAGAACUCGCUACUCACGUCCGCAAGACUGAGCGUGCGAUUGCUGAUGCUCAGCUGGAACUUUUCAGACUGAAGGAUGCCAAGGCUCACCCUGGCUCUGGAUCUGCAAUUGUGGGCACCGGUCCAGGUGGUGCUGUUACCGAGUCUGACAGGCUGAAGGCGCGCGCCAAGGCCAUGAUGCAAGCUCGUUCGGCCGCUUUGACCGGCAAGCCUGCGCCUGCUAUUGAGGAUGACAAUGGUGAUGCAGCUAAGCGUUUGGAGGAGGAGCAGCAGCGUGUGCGCACCGAAAAGGAGAACAACGAGCGUAUGGUUCGGGAUGUCGAGGAGAGUGUCACUGAUUUCAGCAAGUCAAUCGAGGCCAGUCUCAAGGAUGGUACCCAGGGCGAUUCAAGCGAGCAUGAGCGCCGCAGGUGGGAAGACGGUCUUGGCGUUGAGGAUGAGGUCAAGGACUUCAUCUUCGAUUUGCAAAGGCAGAGCCGGGCGGCCAGGAUCCGAAAGGAAGACACUUCGAGAGACCGCUACCUUUCUCCGCGUCGUGAGGAGCCUGCGCGCCCCAGCAGCGCGAGAGGCCUUGAGCCUCCUGCCCGUACCGAGUCCCCAGUGGGACGUCCUUCCUCUAGCAGCGGGUCUACCUACUCUUCGUACAAGACUGCCGAGGAGCGUGCCGCUUUCAUUAAGCAGCAGGCUGAGCAGCGCAUGGCGGAACGUCUUGCUGCUCUCGGUCUCCGCGCGCCUGUCAAGACUGGCGAAACGCCGCAGCAGCGCGCCGAGCGUGAGAAGAAGGAGCGCGAAGACCGCCUUCGCCAGGCCGAGGAGGAGGAUGCGCGUCGUGAAGAGGAACGGCAGCGUAGACUUCAACAGGAGCAAGGCGUUCCGCCACCUGCUCCCCCCAAGGCUGGCAAGAAGCCUCCGCCACCGCCGGUUCGGAAGAGCAAGGCGGAAAGCGCGCAGAAUGCCGAAAUGGAGGCCAAGAAGGCUGAACAGGAGGCUGCUGAGAGGGCGUUGCGUGAGCAGCAGGAGGCUCAAGAGGCCGAAACGCGGGAGAUGGAGGAUGAGGAGAGGAGACAAGAAGAAGAGCUUGCUAAGGAGCGUGAGGCGGCUGAUGAGCGCCUGCGGGUUCUUCAGGAGCAGGUCGCUGCCGGCAAGCUCAAGAAGGAAGAAGAGAAGCGGAAGAAGCAGGCGGCUCAGCGCGAGGCCAAGGAGAAGGAGGCUCGCCUGACCGCUCAGCGUGCGGAGCUUGAAGCUGCUAGGGAGCGUGAAAGGCAACUUCAGCUCCAGCUCGAGGGUCUUGGUGAUGAUGAAUCUUCGUCGUCGGACGAGGAAGGUCCCAGUGAGAUCACCCCUCAGGAGACGACGCCUACCGCCAGCCAGGAACUUCCGGGCGCUGGUGAGCCUGCGUUGCCUCCACCAACCGCGCCACCGGCGGCACCGGUCCCGGCUCCUGCAAUGAACGAACCCGUUCCGGCCGCAUCACCGCCAUCCUCUGUAACUAGCCCCCAGGCUUCCGCUGUCACCAGCCCCGGCGCGUCUAUGAACUUUGAGGAGACCAAGAACCCCUUCCUCAAGAAGAUGGCCCAAUCAGCCGAGAACACCGGAGGCUCCGUCCCCGCCAUCUCGACCCCUGCUCCUAACACCGAGGUCUCGACCAACCCCUUCCACCGCCUUACGCAGCAAGACGCGCAGAAGAACGUACAGCUGCCGGACCCGGCGCCCGCGGGCCCCAGCCGCCGCACGAUGAAGCAAGACGAGGACGACUGGAGCGUCGUCGACUCGGACGAUGAGAGCUCCGACUCGGACGACGACCGUCCGGGCGGAGGCUCGGCCAAGCAGCUCGCCUCGAUCCUGUUCGGCACCAUGGGCCCGCCGCGCCCGCUCUCGUCGAUGGGCAACGACCCCAACGACACGCCGCGCACCGAGUCGCCGGCCGUGGGCUCGCCAGCGGCGCCGCCUCCGCCACCUCCCAUGCCCGGUGCAGGCGGUCCUGGUGCUCCGCCCCCGCCCCCGCCGCCUAUGCCUGGCCAGGGCGCUCCGGGCGGCCCGCCCCCUCCUCCGCCGAUGCCCGGUUCGGCUGGUGGGCCUCCCCCGCCGCCGCCGAUGCCUCCGAUGGGCGCCUCGGCGGGUGCGGGCGAUAGGGGCGCUUUGCUCGGACAGAUCCAGGCGGGUAAGGGGCUGAGGAAGGUGCAGACGAAGGAUCGGAGCACGGCGAACACGGCGGGACGCGUGUUGUAA